AUGUUGUCGACUGAUAGUGAUAUUUCUGUUGCUGUUUCUGAUUCAAGCGAGUAUGUUUUUGGUGCUCAUUAUAUGCCGUGUGAAGGUGAACCAUUAGCUCCUGAGGGAGACGACUUAAUGGACGAUAUAAGCAAGGAAACGACCAAGGAAGCCGAUCUGGAUGGCUUGACGCCGGCCAUUCUCGAGGCUAGAUAUGACCGAAAGAAUAAAGUUGUUUCUUGGUAGGUAGCCUUUUUUCAGUUUGAUAGUACAAAACAUAGUUAUUUAUAUAGAUAGACAUUUGAACUUCAGUUGUUUUAAAUAACUAAAUUUGACAAAAACACUUGAUUCAACUUGCUGCUUGAAUUUGCUAUACUUAUACUGUAGGUGCAAAUGUGGGAAGUGCUCUGAUCAAAACUUGGUUGGUGCUCUUGAAUACCGAUGUUACCGUGAAAUUACUGAAGCGCUUGGGAAACUGACAUUCAACGGGAGCAUCGAAAAAAUUUCAUGUUUGACAUUGCCUGAUGAUUACAAGGCUAUGACAAACGAGGCUGUGCUGGCUCAAGUCGGCCCUUUAUUGAGACCGAAAAGGGCGAAGCUAUAAAUGUCGUUCAGGAACUCCUUACAAAGAGUAAGUGCGGAUCAUUUUAUGCUGACAAAAUUAUAGAAUUACUGCAAUUUGAUAAAAUACUAUUAUAUUUCGACAAAAAAUACUUUCCAAAUGUGGAUAGUUUUUAAUAGUUUAAUACAGUAAUAGAGACAUGUUUAUUUAUAUCAGAUAAUGCAUAUAAUAAUACGUUUCCGUAUGAACUACAUAUACCAAGGCAAGCCAGAAGGGUACCUUUAUAGUUGGUUUGCUUUGCUGAGGCUAGAGGUGAAUUAUAACAUCUUACAGUUGCUGCAUUGCUCUACUCAAACACAAUAGUGAUGUCAAGUACUAUAACAGGCUAAUACAGUAAUCUCUAAUGAAACUCAAACUGUGUGUUAUACACUGAGAUUUAUAUGGUGAAACUAAACUGUUUGGCUGGUCUUGCAUUUUGGUACAUUACAUAGUGACCCUACAAGCCCUUCUUAGUCAGGAAUAAUUGAAAACACUGAUGUUUCAUCCCUUGAAGAGUGCGGGAACAAAUCUUAAAUUGAUAUAACUUUUACCUUGGUUUUACAGGUAUAUCCGUGCUGUUCGCUAUAGGUGGUUGGCAAGAUGGCUGUUUGGCUAUAUGGGCCCAGAAAAUACCAGACCGUUGUCAUCUUGUAUUUAUGAAGACAUCAGAACAAGAUACAAUACUGGAGGCCAAUCAGGUUAUGCUGAUGCAGAAAAUCGAAGUUGA